UGUGAGCGUGAAAAUCGGUCCUGGAGGACAGAGACCAUCCCUAGACCUUCUUCAGUGCAUAACUGGACCCCAAUUCGCUCACACAUCAUUCUACAAUGGCCUCGGACAACGGUGACAUUUUAGCUGACCUGCCAACAAGAGCGCCCGGCUCGUCCAAGGGCUGGAUUGUGCAAAAGUUUGGAGGUACCAGUGUUGGUAAAUUCGCCGUAAACAUCGUCGAGAAUAUAGUACGGGCCAGCGCCAAGAACAAUCGAGUCGCUGUGAUAUGCUCUGCCCGGAGCAGUUAUACCAAAGCUGAGGGUACUACGAAUCGAUUAUUACGAGCUGCAAGGGAAGCAGAAAAAGAAGAAGACCCGCAGUUCGAAGCCAUUGUCAAUAUAAUAGCAGAGGACCAUAUUCAAGCCGCCAAAGCCGACAUCAAAUCGCCGGAAAUUCUCGCACGGCUAGUGGAAGAAAUCAAGUGGGAGUGUAACGAUCUUGUGUCGUUCUUGGAUGCCACGCGGCGAGUGGGUGAAGUCAGCAGGAGAUCCGAGGAUAAAAUCAUCAGCAAAGGCGAGAAAUUGAGCUGCCGCUAUGUCGCUGCGCUGCUUCAAGAUCGAGGAGUGGACUCGCAAUACGUGGAUCUUUCCGACGUGAUCGAUUUCAGAAUCCCACAGGGACUUGACCAGGAAUUCUACAACCAACUGGCGGCAGCGCUUGCCGCAAAGAUUCGUGCAUGUGGGGAUAAACUCCCUGUGGUCACGGGCUAUUUUGGCACGGUACCUGGAGGCUUGCUCGACAAGAUUGGGCGUGGCUACACUGAUCUCUGCGCCGCACUUGUCGCUGUCGGUAUUGCCGCGGACGAGCUUCAAGUGUGGAAGGAAGUCGAUGGCAUUUUCACUGCGGAUCCCAGAAAAGUGCUGUCAGCGCGCUUGCUCUCCGCCAUUACUCCUGCCGAAGCGGCUGAAUUGACGUUUUACGGCUCCGAGGUCAUUCAUCCAUUCACCAUGGAACAAGUCAUUCUCGCCCGGAUCCCCAUCCGCAUCAAGAACGUCAUGAACCCGCAGGGCAAGGGAACUAUUAUCUACCCCGACACCCCAGAAGACUUUGACCUGGCCGUGCCGCCCCCUGACGCUAAACUUUCUCGACGGCGGCGACGAUCAAGCGUACUCUCCCAACCUAGUGGACCCAAGCGGCCGACGGCAGUGACGCUCAAGGACCGCAUCAUUGUGCUCAACGUGCAUUCCAACAAGCGCUCCCUCUCGCACGGCUUCUUCGCCAAGAUCUUCACCGUCCUGGACAAGUGGGAACUCUCUGUCGACCUCAUCUCCACCAGCGAAGUCCACGUCUCCAUGGCGCUGCACUCGGAGUCUGUGCUGCCCCGCGCCGGAGAGGAAAUCGAUUUUAAGAUUCACGAUCGCAACCUUUUCGGGGCCAUUGGCGAGCUGCAGAAUUAUGGUACUGUCGAUGUCAUCCCUGACAUGGCCAUCCUGAGCCUGGUCGGCAGACACAUGAAGAAUCUGAUGGGCAUUGCCGGCAGAAUGUUUGUCACCCUCGGCGAAGGCAAUAUCAAUAUCGAUCUCAUUUCUCAGGGCGCAAGCGAAAUCAACAUUUCGUGUGUCAUCAAGGCAGCCGACGGCGACAAAGCCCUGAAUCUCCUCCACUCACAUCUCUUCAACUUUGCGGAUUAAAGUCAUGUCAUGUCAUGUCAUGUCAUGUCAAGUUCAAAAGUCAAAAUCAAAAGUUUUAGAUCUCAUCCAUCGAUUAGUACCGAGGUACUUGGCUAUACGCACCUCAUGUCAUUUACUACAUUUCCUUACUCUGGCCAUUCCAUGUCUUGAAUGUCGAUAUCUCCUUUGUCUCUUAUGCGGGCACAAAAAAAUUGGCGCAUAGGUAGCGGGUUUAGUUGUAUCUUGGCUUAUCUUUUAUUUUAUUAUAGCUUAUCAUAUAUUUCAUAUUUGCUUGUCAUCUGUUCAUCUUAGCUGGUC